UUCCGUGCUGGUAGCGCGUCACUAAGAGCCCGUCUUUAGCUUUGUGGCUAGGUUGGUUGGCAGUCGGUUGCUUUCUUGUUAGCCUUCCUGUGGUCUGCCGUCGCCGCCGCAUAUUUGGCCGCUAUCUGCGCGCACCACAGAAUACAGAUGGACCAGCAGGACCAGUCCUAUGUGUUUGCAAGUCUCACGCGGCCUCACUCGGAGCAGCUGCUGCAGGGCCUCCAGCUGCUGCGGCAGGACCACGAGCUGUGUGACAUCGUGCUCCGCGUGGGCGACGCCAAGAUCCAUGCCCACAAAGUUGUGCUGGCCAGCAUCAGCCCUUACUUCAAGGCCAUGUUUACAGGUAACCUCUCGGAAAAGGAGACCUCCGAGGUGGAGUUCCAGUGCAUCGACGAGGCUGCCCUGCAGGCCAUCGUGGAGUACGCAUACACGGGGACGGUGUUUAUAUCCCAGGAAACGGUGGAAUCCUUGCUGCCGGCGGCCAAUUUACUCCAGGUUAAGCUCGUGCUUAAGGAGUGCUGCUCCUUCUUAGAGAGCCAGCUGGACGCCGGGAACUGUAUCGGGAUCUCCCGCUUCGCAGAGACAUACGGCUGCCACGACCUGUGCCUGGCUGCCACCAAGUUCAUCUGUGAGAACUUCGAAGAGGUCUGCCAGACGGAGGAGUUUUUCGAACUGACGCGAGCGGAGCUGGACGAGAUCGUGUCCAACGACUGUCUGAAGGUGGACACGGAGGAGGCGGUGUUCUACGCCUUGGAGUCGUGGAUCAAAUACGACGUGACGGAGAGACAGCAGCACCUCGCCCAGCUGCUGCACUGCGUCCGCCUCCCGCUCCUCAGCGUCAAGUUCCUCACGCGCCUCUACGAAGCCAACCACCUCAUACGGGACGACCACGCCUGCAAACACCUGCUCAACGAGGCGCUGAAGUAUCAUUUCAUGCCCGAGCACAGACUUUCUUACCAGACCGUGUUGUCGGCGAGGCCCAGGUGUGCCCCCAAGGUGCUGCUCGCAGUUGGAGGCAAGGCUGGGCUCUUCGCCACAUUAGAAAGCACGGAGAUGUAUUUCCCUCAGACAGACUCGUGGAUCGGACUGGCCCCUCUCAGCGUCCCCCGCUACGAGUUCGGCGUGGCUGUCCUGGACCACAAAGUGUACGUGGUGGGAGGCAUCGCCACGCACAUGAGGCAGGGCAUCAGCUACCGCAGGCACGAGAGCACGGUGGAGGCCUGGGACCCCGAGAGCAACACGUGGUCCUCGGUGGAGCGCAUGGCCGAGUGUCGCAGCACGCUCGGCGUGGUGGUCCAGGCGGGAGAGCUGUACGCCCUGGGAGGCUACGACGGCCAGUACUACCUGCAGUCUGUGGAGAAAUAUGUGCCCAAGCUGAAGGAGUGGCAGCCGGUGGCGCCCAUGACCAAGUCCCGAAGCUGCUUCGCCACGGCGGUGCUGGAUGGCAUGAUCUAUGCUAUCGGAGGGUAUGGCCCUGCACACAUGAACAGCGUGGAGAGGUACGACCCCAGCAAGGACGCCUGGGAAAUGGUAGCCCCCAUGGCAGAUAAGAGGAUCAACUUUGGCGUGGGUGUCAUGCUCGGCUUCAUCUUCGUGGUGGGCGGCCACAACGGAGUGUCUCACCUGUCCAGCAUCGAGAGGUUCGACCCACACCAGAACCAGUGGACGGCCUGCCGGCCAAUGAGCGAACCCCGUACCGGUGUUGGUUCUGCCAUGGUGGACAACUACCUCUAUGUAGUAGGAGGCCACUCCGGGUCAUCUUACCUGAACACUGUCCAGCGCUACGACCCCAUCUCAGACAGCUGGUUGGACUCCAGCGGCAUGAUGUACUGCCGUUGCAAUUUUGGUCUGACCGCCCUUUGACCAAUGGCCCAGCGAGCUAGGACUCAGUAAAACAAUUUCUGACUAAAAAACAUUUCCUUUUUUUUAUCUGCUCUCCGUUUUUAUUUCCCCACCACCUCACAUUCAUUCUUCAGGAGGUAAUGCACACCUAAAAGAACAUCCCGAGCGCUUGCUUGGGGUGGACGGAUGUGCGCGGAACAGCUUGCCGGUUCGGGU